GGAAAGAUACGAAGCGGUAUUCUUGUGUUUACUUUCUCUUUGUCUUCCAUACGUUAAAUUUAACAAAUUAAAAUUAAAAUAUCUGCUAAAUUAAUAUAAUUUUACAUAAAUAAGUUAGUACGUUUUUUUUUAUAGAGAAUAUUAUCUUUAUUUAGAUUUUUUAACAAGGAAACUUCAUUUUUUUUAUGAAAAGUGAGACCUCCUACCGCUUCCAGUUAAACAAAACCCCAUGUAUAUGAAAUUUUAUAUAAAUUUAUUUAAAAUAUUUAAAUAUACAAAAUCAAAUAACUAAUUGCUAUAUUAAUAAUUAGAUGAAGCAUAAAGAUAUUAUGCAAUAACCACAUUAGCUUACUAUCGGUUCGUUACUUCCUAUAGUAAUAUGUUUCGGUAGUAAGUAUAUACUUACGUAUGUACCCACGUUGUUUGAUCUCCAUAUUGAAAAGAUGGCAACUGUAAGUGUAGGAUGCGGCGACUUUCUAGAGUUUCAGGAUGCAUUGAAAAAGAUGCGGCAACUUGAUGACAAGAUCAUUUAUAUGCUAAAUGCUAUACUUCCAACAGAAUCAUUUAAAGGACAAAGUGAUCCUACUACAAAAUGUAAAGAUUUAUAUGAACAAAUUCAAACAGGUCAUAAAUCAAGGGAAUUAGCUAUUACAAGGUGUUUAAAUGCAUCCAAAGAAAAAGUAAACCAAUUAAAAGCUGAAAGAGAUAAUGGCAAUGAUAGUCCUCAACUUCUUAAAGCAUUAAGAAAAGAACAAAAUACUUUACGCUUACUGCAAUCAGAAUUAAACAUAGAAGAAGUUGUAAAAGACCAUACAAUUGAGGUUUAUUAUAAGAAAUGCCGUGGUUUUUAUAAGCCACCGACUGAUAUAGAAAUUUAACAUUGUUAUUGAUUUUGAAAAUACUUUAGCCAACUACCUUUUUAUAUGAUUGUAAAUUUAACUACAAAUAUAUUGAAAUGUUGUAAAUAUAUUUAGUUACUGCAUUUAUGCAAUAAUAAAUAUAAGAGGUUUGCGAU